UCUUGACCCUUUGGCUGCAAAGACAGUCUUCAACUCAGGACUAAACAUCACACUCAUCCCCCUCAGCACACAGCGCAAACUAAGUUCAUUUCCCACGAUACUGGAGAGGCUGCAGCAAACAAGGGAGAGUCCUGAAUCACAAUUCGUGAACAGCCUACUGUCCAGGCUACACUGGCUGCAACAGGCUCACCAGAGCUAUCAGCACACGGAUAUAUUCUUGGGUGAGAUCUUUGGCGCAGUUCUCUUGGGUAGUGAUCAUUCCGUUUUGAAGCCUACCUUUGAAGAAAAUAACAUCAGGGUCAUUUCUGAAGGUGAUGAAUCCAUAGAUGGACAGAUUGUGAUUGAUGAAAGGCAAGGAAAAUCUGUAAAAGUAUUGAGAAAUGUUGAUCCUGUGGCAUGCUAUGAUCUAUUUGCAAAUCGACUGAGUGAUGAAGAGCAGUCUGCUGUAUUAGGAAGCUAUGAUGAACAGACAAAAAUCUGGAGAACGCCACACAUAUAGCCUUGAAUUCCCAGCCAAGGCAUUGAACAAAACAGAAGUUUCAAAGAGAAUAGUGUACUUGUGCUUGUAGAUGGCUCAAUAAAAAGGAACCGUUAUC